GUCCCUUCUGGAUGACGGAUUUACAGAAGCCAGCCCAGCUAAUUAUGUUAGCUUACCAGCUCCUAAAGUGAAGCUCAGGAACCGUUAUCUGACGACAACCUUGAGAAACGCUGAAUUUCGCUCGUACUGUCGCUAUAACUAUGCUGUUUACACCGAACAGUUUGGGAGAAUGUCUUCAGGAAUGGGAAGAUUUAGAAAAAGACUAUCAACAAAUCCAGGAGACCCACCGGUUAUAUAAACAGAAGCUGGAGGAGGUCUCAAAACUACAAGACGCGUGCUCCACCUCCAUCGCACGGCAAAGGAAGAGGCUGAAAGAGCUGUCCGGGUCCCUUGACGAAUGCAGGCAGAGUGGAGGGCCAGACAGCCUGCUUGCCAUCGAGGAGAUUCAGGAGUGCAUGAAGGAGAGGCCCAAUGUGUUCUUCGAAAUGGAGGCCUUCCUACCAAAGAAGAAUGGGUUAUACCUCAGUCUUGUUCUUGGGAAUGUGAAUGUCACUCUGCUGAAUAAACAUGCCAAGUUUGCCUACAAGGACGAGUACGAGAAGUUUAAACUCUAUCUGACCGUCCUGCUCCUGAUCUUCUCCUUCACAUGCCGCUUCCUGCUCACUUACAGGACGGUGGACGCGUUGUUUAACUUCCUGUUAGUGUGGUACUACUGCACUCUCACCAUUCGUGAAAGUAUCCUCAUCAGCAACGGCUCAAAGAUCAAAGGCUGGUGGGUGUUUCAGCAUUAUGUCUCAACCUUCCUCUCCGGAGUGAUGCUCACAUGGCCAGAAGGGGAACUCUACCAGAUGUUCAGAAGCCAGUUCCUCUCAUACUCCUUGUACAUAAACUUUGUGCAGUUCCUUCAGUACUACUACCAGAGUGGCUGUCUGUACCGGCUACGAGCACUGGGCGAGAGACACAACAUGGACCUGACAGUAGAGGGUUUCCAGUCGUGGAUGUGGAGAGGCCUGACUUUCCUGCUGCCCUUCCUCUUCUGUGGCCACUUCUUCCAGCUCCAUAACGCAGUGACUCUCUUCAGGAUGACCCAGCUGCCUGAAUGGAAGGAGUGGCAGGUCCUGAUGUGCAGUGCCACGUUCCUCAUUCUCUUUAUGGGCAACUUCUUCACCACUCUGGGGGCCGUCUACCAAAAAUACAUGAACCAGGACAAGGCCAAGGCUCCGUAACAGGAACCAAGACGAGGCUUUGACCCACCGCCUAGACAGGGAAUGAUUCUGGACUGGACCCACCGCCUAGACAGGGAAUGAUUCUGGACUGGACCCACCUCCUAGACAGGAAAUGAUUCUGGACUGGACCUGUUCUGUGUCCAGUGUUGUUUGCUGUUUGGGACUCUGUGACAAGCUUAGGAUUUCAGGAAUGGAAUCUCUCCAAACAGAGUGUUUGUUUUAUUUUUUACUUUUAUAUGUCGUAUUUGUAUUCUGGAGUUUUGUUUUUGUCUUGCAAACAAUUUACAUGUACUUGUUGCACUAAUGUAUUUAAAUAUGUAUGUGUUGUCAAUGGCUUUGUGUGUGUGUGUGUGUGUGUGUGUGUGUGUGUACGUCUGUGAGACUGUGAGUGUGUUCACAAAUGUGUGUGUGUGUGUGUGUGUGUGUGUGUUGGACAGAGGUUGCUCAGUGUUCUGUGGAUUACAGCGCUGUGACAGUUCUUAGAGAACAGUUUAGAUUGUGACUACAGUUUUCUUCCCAAAUCAAAAGGGAUUCAAACCGUUGCUGUGCUCUCAGACGCCUAACAUGUUCCUCAGUUUUGGUGUGAAUACAGGACAUCAUGAUUGUCUUCUUGCACUCCAUGUAAAACAAUAAAAAGCCAUCAUGACCUUUGAUGUGAUGAUUUGG